CAUAAACGACGCAGAGGGCCAAAUGUUUUGGAGGGCGCAGGUAUUUAGGGCAGCUGCUUUUCAUUUUCCUGGUUUCCGUCGAAGAGCCUUGAACAGACAGAGACACAGAGACACAGAGAGAUAGAGAUCGAUAUCGAAGGCGAAGGGAUCUCUUCAAAAUUUUUUGGUUCGCGUACGGAGAUCUCUGUCUCUUGUUCUGAUUCACCCGCCAUGGCUCUCCCAUUCCCCGAUCGUUCCCCCCGUCAAUCUCUCAUUCCAACCUUCCUUUACUCUUCUUCUCCUUUGACUUCUAAAACCCUAGGUGGUUUUGACUCCCUUCAAGAUGUCGUCUCUCCCUCAUCUUUCCCCAAGACCGCCUUUGCCAUCCCCGCCCCCUCCGAGCCCGGCAAGGUCGAGUUGUAUUCCUCGCAAUAUUACGCUGCCUGUACCGUUGGUGGAAUCUUGAGCUGCGGUCUUACCCACACGGCUGUCACUCCUCUUGACCUCGUCAAAUGUAAUAUGCAGAUUGACCCAUCUAAGUACAAGAGCAUUUCAUCUGGUUUCGGAGUCUUGUUGAGAGAACAAGGAAUCAGGGGAUUCUUCAGGGGAUGGGUCCCGACCCUGCUUGGUUACAGUGCCCAGGGCGCCUGCAAGUUUGGAUUCUAUGAAUUCUUCAAGAAGUACUAUUCUGACAUUGCUGGUCCCGAGUAUGCCUCCAAAUACAAGACUCUCAUCUACCUUGCUGGCUCAGCUUCUGCGGAGUUCAUUGCUGACAUUGCUCUUUGCCCCUUUGAGGCUGUAAAGGUUCGCGUUCAGACUCAGCCUGGUUUUGCUAGAGGAUUAUCCGAUGGACUUCCCAAGUUCGUCAAGUCUGAAGGUGCUCUUGGGUUGUACAUAGGAUUGGUUCCUCUUUGGGGUCGUCAAAUUCCAUAUACAAUGAUGAAGUUUGCAUCUUUUGAGACUAUUGUGGAAAUGAUCUACAAGCAUGGUAUCCCUACACCUAAGAAUGAGUGCAGCAAAACUCUGCAGCUUGGAGUGAGCUUUGCUGGUGGUUAUGUGGCUGGUGUCUUCUGUGCUAUUGUAUCUCACCCUGCUGAUAAUCUUGUCUCAUUCCUCAACAAUGCCAAGGAUGCUACUGUUGGUGAUGCCGUGAAAAAGCUUGGCGUUUGGGGUCUUUUCACUCGGGGACUUCCUCUGCGUAUUGUCAUGAUUGGAACUCUUACUGGAGCCCAAUGGGGAAUCUAUGAUGCUUUCAAAGUUUUUGUUGGACUGCCGACGACCGGUGGUGUUGCACCAGCAGCUGUCCCUGCCACUGAGCUUGCAAAGGUGUAGGCUCAGCUGAACAUUUCCUAAGCUGUUUGGAGACAUUGAGAUUAAGCCAAGGGAGGGAUUAAUAAUUUUUGAGUAGCUGAUGCACUUAAUUAAUGAUCCUUUAUAGAAUUCAGACAUAAUUGUUGAAUUUCGAUGAUGAUUUUGGAUUCCUGGAGGUUUAGAAUCUCCGCAAAUUGUUGACCUUCAGAAAGUUUUGUAGAAAUAGAAACAGGAUUGUCGGUGAUACUUGUCAUCACAACAAUGAAUGACUUAGAAAUAAUGUGCAGAAUUCUGGUGCCGGUGGCUUCUGGCCAUCUACUCGAAGCAAAGAUACAGCUGGUGUAUCCAUAUCAUUUUUUACAAUGGUUCUACGUGUAUUCAAUUUUGCUGUUUGUCAUUUAGUCUUCUUGGAGUUUUUACGA